AUCUAGGAUACAACAAAACUUUAAAAAGCUCAGACUUUGUAAAUAAUCGUCUCACAAAUAAUAUGCAGAAUGUGCAUCCAAUCGGAACAUGAUACCAUUCUGUAGGUGAUGCAAGAAUGUAGGAUUAGAACUGUCCGGAACACAGGCUUACAAAUAAAUCCAUGCAGAAAGGAAUAGCUCACAAACUGUGUAAAACGCUUAUCUCCUCUUUUCAAGACUUUUCCGUGUGGCGAUAUUUCAAGUGUAUUAAAAUGGCAUUCUACAAAACUUCAACAGAACAUGAGAGAAUAUUUUGUGGAGACAGCUGAAAAGUAAUACUUUGGUCUGGCCUUGUUUGUUGCUACAUGACCAAUGGCAAGAACAGUUGAAAAAUAAUACGAACAUAAUGGAUACCGAAGAAAAGGAUACUGUGAAAAAAUCCGUGACCGACUUUGGUAACGAGACGACCAUCCACGGCCUCCAGUUCGUCGUCAAUAAAAAGAACAUCAUCUAUCGCCUAUGCUGGCUGGGCAUCUGUACCACGUUCUUAGUUGUCUUCCUCAUUCAGGGAAACGUCAUCCUCAAGGAUUUCCUUCGAUGGCCGUACUCGACGAAGAUCGACAUCGUUGGACGGCCCAACCUGGCAUUCCCGGCGGUGACCGUGUGCAAUGCAAACAUGAUGAGAAGGUCGCAGAUAGAAGGCAGUAGGUUCGAAGACCUUGUCAAUCUCGAUGGCGGAGUUGAGGGUGCCGACUAUGAUUACUCAUGGUGGUUUUCAUCGGCAUAUAGAAACUGGUACGCCUCGAGUUCCGCAUCAUCUUAUGGGCAAUCUAGUGAUCAGAACUCGAAUGGUAGAUCGUCGUCUUCAUCGCAAAGUGACUCAGCGUCAUCAUCAGAUGGUCAAUCUUCUUCCAGUAAUUAUGACCCCUCAUCGUCGGAGGAAUCAUCGUCAGCGUCAUCUGGAGAGUCGUCUGGAGUGACAUCUGAUGGUCAGUCCUCUUCCAGUAGUUAUAGCCCGUCAUCGUCGGAGGAAUCAUCGUCUGCUUCAUCUGGAGAGUCGUCUGGAGGGACAUCUGAUGGUCAAUCCUCUUCCAGUAAUGAUGGCCCGUCAUCGUCGGAGGAACCAGCAUCAUCGUCACCUGGAGGGUCAGCUGAUGGGCAGUCCUCAUCCACUAAUUACGGCCCGCCACCGUCAGGGUCAGUAUCGUCUUUUGGGUUACCAAAUAGCGAGUUCCCAGCACCUAAUUGGGUUAACGAGUGGUCAUGGUACGAUCCCUCGUUCUUUGCUGACUUUGAAUUUUCUGAAAACGGCUGGGAUGGAGUGUCUGGUGGAGAAGACUGGCAGGGCUUCUAUGAGGCCUCCAAAGCCGAUGACUACAGCGACUUUCUUAACGUCAUCAACCCGACGAAGGAAGAGCUGGAACAGUACGGUCACCAGCUGGAAGAUUUCAUUGUGCAGUGUACCUUCGAUCGUCGACCAUGUAAUAUCAGCCGGGAUUUCCACGUUUGGCAGAAUCGUCACUAUGGUAACUGUUUCACCUUCAACACAGAAUUGUCUCCGGACAACAAGAAUAUAUUGACGGGCAAAACAGGAGGUCUUAAUGGUUUACAUUUGACGCUUUUCGUGGAGCAACCCGAGUAUCUAGGCGUUCUCUCGCAUCAAACGGGGGCAAAGGUCACCAUUCACCAUCCUAAUGAAUAUCCGUUUCCGGAAGACAAUGCCUUGUCUCUGGGAACCGGACAAGAAACGUCGAUAGGGAUUCGACAGGAAUACAUCAAGCGACUGGGAGGCUACUACACGAACUGUACCUCUGACGGGAAGGAUACUAACUUCACCUCCACCACUGAGUUGAGUUAUUCUUCGGUGGCAUGUAAAAAGAUUUGCUACCAGCUCCAUCUCAGUCAAUUAUGCAAAUGCGUUGACGAUCAAUUCUAUGACGGUUUCCCCACAAAGUGUGACGUGCUGAAUAUGACCCACCAAAUCUGUCGGAAAUUUGUGGAAGACCUGUUCCUCGAUGACAAGUUACCGUGUAGCUGCCCUCCGCCUUGCACAGAAUUCAAAUACGUAAGGACGCCCUCGUCAUCGCUUUGGCCAUCAGAACGCUAUGAGGAACAUUUAUUGCGCCGAUUGAAUGGAUCUGCAAAUGAAAAUCUCAUAAGGGUACUACAGAGCAACGAACUAAGCAGAAAAAAUCUGAUUCGCUUGAAGAUCUUUUAUGAAGAUCUUAACUACGAAGUCGUAGAAAUGGUACCGGUGUACACGAUCCCUAGCGUUCUUGGUAGCAUCGGUGGUCUGAUGGGAUUGUACAUCGGAAUGUCUUUCAUCAGCGUCUUCGAAGUCCUCUUCCUUGUCCUCAGAUUAAUCAAGAUCGCUCUCAUCAGAAUAUAUUCCCGCAUCAACCGAGUCCAACCAUACCCCGUUAAGAACGUUUGAGGAAGAAAAAACGUAACACAGUUGUUUUGCUUAUUUGUUUGUUUGUGUGUUCGUUUUAGCUAUGACUUACGAACACGAAAUGUAUGCAGUUAGGCCUUUAACAAAAAUGUUGUAUUGCCCUUUAAGUGCCAAAACAUGGGUCGGUCGGUCGGUCGGUCGGAAAUCUAUUUUUGGUCUCCCUCUUUAGGCUGAUAUUUCCAAAGUUUGAAUGCUUUGAUACAUUUUUUUUUCUAAAAAGAGGUUUAAAAAAAAAAAAUCCUUAUUAAAACGCCCACCGUAGAUUUCAAGAUAUUUGGGUCGCGCAAAGGGCAAUACAACAUCUUUUUUGUUGACCCCUUAUCUAAAUCAAAAACCGUUUUCAAGACAACUAUACCUCGUCGAGUAAGUUUGCAGACAACUACGCCCUUUUACGUAUUACCCUCUUUAAAGUUU